AAAACCCUAGUUCUUUACGGGAGCCCUAACCAGGAGAAUUUCUCUAUUCUCAACUUCUCUGCUCUUCUGUUGCACACAGCGGAAGCGAGACUCCAUCAAGGAUGAAGUUUAAUAUUGCAAAUCCGACUACUGGUUGCCAGAAAAAGCUCGAAAUUGACGAUGACCAGAAACUCCGGGCAUUUUAUGACAAGAGGAUCUCACAGGAGGUUAUUGGGGAUGCCUUGGGCGAGGAGUUCAAGGGUUAUGUUUUCAAAAUCAUGGGUGGAUGUGACAAGCAGGGAUUCCCAAUGAAGCAGGGAGUUCUUACUCCUGGCCGUGUCCGUCUCUUGCUUCACAGAGGGACGCCAUGCUUCCGUGGAUAUGGAAGGCGUAAUGGAGAGCGAAGGAGGAAGUCUGUCCGUGGGUGCAUUGUCAGCCAAGACCUCUCAGUUCUCAAUUUGGUUAUUGUCAAGAAGGGUGAGAAUGAUCUUCCUGGAUUGACUGACACUGAGAAACCCAGAAUGAGAGGCCCAAAGAGGGCAUCGAAGAUCCGGAAACUUUUCAACCUUUCCAAGGAGGAUGAUGUGCGGAAGUAUGUGAACACAUAUCGCCGAACAUUCACAACCAAAGCUGGAAAGAAGGUUAGUAAAGCUCCCAAGAUACAGAGACUGGUUACUCCCUUGACUUUGCAAAGGAAGCGUACUAGAAUUGCAGAGAAGAAGAGGAGAAUUUCAAAGGCUAAGUCAGAGGCCGCUGAGUACCAGAAGCUUCUUGCAAGUAGAUUGAAGGAGCAGCGAGAACGACGUAGCGAGAGUUUGGCAAAGAAGAGAUCCCGGCUUUCGGCUGCUUCUAAGCCUUCAGUUGUGGCUUAGAUAAUGCUCUGCAAAUUUUGAGGGUUUCAGUCAAAGAUGGAUGUUAUCGCUGAGAUAUUUAUCAGUAGAGGGAUCAGUAUUACAUGGGUUUGAGAUAAUUUUGACUGCUAUUUUUUUUAAAGAUAUUUUGAGCCGUUUGGUUCUAGUGUGUUGGAAGAAAAAAAAAUCAUUUUGGAUUUGGCUGGAGCUUAGUUUUGUUUCAAAUCUAGACCUUUUUCAGCUGUCUAUUUUCUGCAUAGUAGAUUUAUGUUUGCAAUAAUUGUUCCUAAAUCCUUAUGGUUAAAAUUA